AUGGCGUCAGCACAGGGGGCGGACAACACUAUCACGCUGCGGGGGUCGACGCAGGUCGUAGCGGAGUUCUUUGGCUACGCCGUCAACAGCAUCCUGUACCAGCGCGGAAUCUACCCCCCAGAGAGCUUCGAGGUCAAGAAGGAGUAUGGACUGUCCCUCAUGGUUUCUUCGGACGGCGAGUUGUCCAAGUACCUUGCUGAUGUUCUCAAACAAGUUCCAGCGUGGAUCGAGUCCGGCAUGCUGCAGAAGCUGGUCCUCGUCGUGUCGUCCGUCGCCUCCGGAGAAGUUCUCGAGCGCUGGACCUUCAACGUGCACGCGGAGAGCCCACAAGCGGCGCAGGGGGCCCCGGUGCCCGGGAAGUCGACCCGCGACGUGCAGAGCGAGAUCGGCGCGAUCAUCAGGCAGAUCACGGCGUCGGUGACGUUCCUGCCUCUCCUGGACGAGAAGUGCUCGUUCGACCUGCUUGUGUACACGGACCAAAGCGCGGUGGUGCCGUCGGAGUGGGAGGACAGCGACCCGCGGCUAGUGAACGACGCGGCGGAGGUGAAGCUCAGGUCGUUCAGCACGCGCGUGCACAAGGUCGACGCGCUCGUGGCGUACAAGCAGGGGGAGGACUGA